GGUCGUCUGUAAACAAAAGCGAUCCAUCGUCUUCGUCUCAGACACGUCGCUGAGACAAAAUUCUUUCAUAUCUUACGCCACAGACAGGGCCACAGGUCAGAGCAUGGAGAGGAGAAGGUCCAAGAGGUUCCUUUCUGUGACCUUUGUGGACGAUAAUGAAGUAGAAAAGGUUAAAAUUGGAGUUGAAGGUGGACAAGUUGUGGUACGGCCCCUGUCACAGCGUGGCAGGACACGAGGCUCCAGGGUUGCCUCGGCCCCUAAUGUGGAGUUGCCGCCACUCGAGGAAAUAAACGAGGAAGAUGAGGAUGUUUUCUUCAAGCCAACUGAAUUACUCGAGGAUGGGGAGGCCUCAGUCAAGGCAAGCGAUGUGUUUGGCUUCCGCACACCCAGGAAGAAAGGCAGCAUGUUGGAGAAAGCCGAAUCAACAAAGAAACUCCUUCAGACCCCAACCACGCCAAAGACUCCAAGGUCGGCAUUAAAGCAGGGUUCAAGGACACCCAGAACACCGAAGACUCCUUUGUCAGCAAGUAAACGUGGUUCUAGGACACCCUCAAGCAAGAGAAGGCUUUCAGUCAGUCUACAGGAACCAAACACACCCUACAGCUUUAGGAAGAGAGUUACACAACGUAUCAAGAAGAUAGUAUGCGAGGAGGACUCCUCUUCAUCUGAGGAGGAAAAUGACUGUGACAGCAACUAUUAUUCCAGUGAAGACUCAGAAGAUGAGGGCAAGGAGAACUUUGACCUCAAUGAGAAUAUGGUCCAAUCACAAGCCAAAACUCCCAGGAAUACCCCCUUGAAGCAAAACCAGGCACUGUCAAAAACUCCAGGGAGAACCCCAUCUAGGACACCAUCCAGAGGGCGAAGAGCAGGGAAGAUUAAGGAUGUCGAACUGACGGCCACAGCAGAUGAAUAUUUCAUGUCACACGGAGAAACAACGAAAGUAGUAACUUCAGACCACACACUUAGCCGACUAGAGACCCCACGUCUAUCAGCGGAGGCUCUCCAGGCACUCUUGAUGGGUAUCUCUUCUUCACACCACCAGGAACGUCAGGCUCUCCUUGAAGAGCACCUGCAAAUGUUUCCACGCUGGAUGACAUACCUGUGUGAAGGCUUCAGUAUAUUCCUGUAUGGCUUAGGAAGCAAAAAGAUGCUAAUUUCACAGUUCCAGGAGCAGUACUUAAUGGACUUCGAUCACAUUGUUGAUAAAGCUUCUUCCAACACUUACACUAAAAAGAACAUACUUAAUAACAUAACAGAGGACAUCAUGGAACACAAAGGCAGCUUCCACAGUGCCCAGGAACAGAUAGGAUUUAUCCAGAACUACUAUGCUAAGGCAGAUGCAGAUCCCCUUUUUAUAAUCAUCCAUAACCUUGAUGGGCCAAUGUUGCGUGGUGAGAAGACCCAAGCUGCAAUAUCCCAGUUAGCGACUGCACCAAAAAUUCACCUCUUGGCUUCCAUCGAUCACAUCAAUGCACCUCUUGUUUUUGAUGGAAGUAAAAUGAGUUGUUACAAUGCCCUCUGGUGUGAUGGAACAACACUUGGACCCUAUUCAGAAGAGACCUCAUAUGAAAACUCUCUCCUCGUGCAACAGUCUGGAGCCCUUGCAUUGUCUUCGCUAAUUCAUGUAUUCAAGUCAUUAACUCCAAAUGCCAAAGGUAUUUUCCUACUCCUGGCUAGACAUCAGCUUCAGCAAAAAGAUAAUUCAAAUUAUGGAGGAUUGUCCUUCAAUGAUAUGUACCAGCGAUGUAGAGAAGCGUUCUUGGUAAACUCCGACCUCACCCUACGUGCUCAGCUAACUGAAUUCAGAGACCACAAACUCAUUAAGUCUAAGAAAGGUUUAGAUGGCGUGGAAAACCUUCUCAUUCCGUUAGAUCCUGCAACCCUGCAAGAAUUUGUUAAUCAGCAAGAAGCUGAUGGUCUGUGAUGAAACAAGUACAAAUUAAUUGUGAUACGUGUCUUUACUCCAAGAUAUUUCCCUCUAGGUUUAAUGUCAAAAUAUGUUAUCUUUUAAGUAGUAUUUUAAUGUUACUCAGAUCUGUUGUUUUCUUUGGUAUUCAUUGAAAGACUAGUUUUGAUUGUUUUCCCAGUCAGAUUUUCAUGAUUGUUAUUUAACUCAUUUCUUUCAUAAGAAGAUUACAUUUCAGUAUGUUAGUUGGCAUUUAUCAUUUUUAUAUUGUCUGAGAGAACUAAAUAGUAGUUCUUAAUUUCUUUAGCUGAUGUUGCAUGGCUUUCUUGUAAUUGUAUUAAAAAUAUUGUAACCAAAUUUGAGGUGUCCAAAACAAAGAAUACUUAUGUUUUAAAACAAACUACUGUUGAAACAUGAAUAUUUGGAGCGUUCAUGUCAAUUAUGUAAUUUUUUUUCUCCUAUUUUUAUGAUACAGAACACAUCUAAAUUGUUCUGAAGUAUUUUAUUUUUUAUAUUGUUCUGAAGUAUUUUUUUGUGAAUUAAGCUUUAUUUUUAUCAGAAUAAAAUUUCUAAAGACA